AACAGCCUCAGGCCUCAGCUGAGAAGACGCGGCCUUCAGUAAACUAACAGUUCAAUCACCAACAUUUUUUAGAUCGGAGAUCAAAACACCAUGUGAUUGAGUCGCGUCGCGUCGCGUCCUGUCGCAUCCUACUCUGGCUCAGGUGCAAAAUAUUCGGAACCAGCGUGUCUCUUCGCUCCUUAACCAUAACGGAUCUUGCAUUUACAGAAGUUCCUUACGAGUCGUUUUUGCAACUAGUCCCCAGACAAGAACCUAGUGUCGACGAAAGAGGGAAGUUCUUAUCUUUCACCGACUUACCACAGGAUCUCUGGACAUGUAGUCGAGAUGAUCUGUGGCCACAUUUGAAAACCAUACAAUCGGCGCUUCUCAGUGAUCAGGUUGUAAUUCGAGAUACCGGCGAGUGGUAUUGAAGGGCUUCUUAGAACGCGUAUAGGCCCUAUGGCGUUUUAUACACUAGUCCCAACACCUCUAAUCAUGAUCUAACCUCGUCUGGGUAUUACAAUGAAGAUCUCAUGAAGGAUAUCGGCAUGGAGCGAAGGUUAUGGGCUGCGACAACCUCGUAGACCAACAUUCUGGCUUUCGUGGAUAUUACAGCUCACGGGACGCCGGCUUUUGCACCAUGGGAAACAACACAGACCCCUAUGGAGUUGCGUGAAUAUCAUCCUCGUAGUUUCGGUUCCGAUCUCCAUGGUUCCGGUGCUACCUCUGCUUCGCAAGCUAUCGAUACGGCAUUAGGACAACUUUCUGAAUGCUCCGGCAAGAUUCAACUGCACCAACACCAUCUACAUCUCUACAGUGUCUCGAUCUACCGGAACUCUGCUUGGCUCCUCUUCUGGGAUCGGACAAGUCUCGUCGUGUCUGAGGAGAUCGAUCUUCUGACAGAAGGCUGGAAGGUUCUCAACUUCUUCUCCCGCCUUAGCAAGAUGACCCCGGAACAGCCAGGUUUCGACCCUACCGUCUCUCUUGCAAGUCAGUCGGAAGUUGACGAAGUGGUCGCCUUCAUUCCAACUGUGAGAGUGGAUCAUAUUCCGGAAUUUCUCGAGGAAGCUAUACUGGACAAGACGAAACAACCACGCAUAGGGAAGAUCUACAAACUUCAGGUGAAGAACGGUGAUGGAAUCGAUCACUUCCUGAUCGGUUACCAUCAUGCUGAAGGCUUGUCGGCAACAGGGCGCCCCCCACGAGGAUAUGUUGCCUAUGAUUUGGGAGGAAAUAAGGCUGUUUUCCUUAAAGACAGUUGGCGUCAAGAUUUGAAAUCAGCAUAUCCCGAACAUGAAGUCUACAAGAAAGUCAAGGACAAGCAAGUGCGUUUCGUAGCAAACGCACUGUGCGGAGGGGACGUUGGGGACGGCGCGGAUCGCAUACAUUCUCAGCCGUCCUGUGCCCGCAUUCACUACCGUAUUGUUCUUCAGUCUUGCAGGAUGCACUCUUGGCUCAUCAAGAAGCCUGGGAAUUCGCUCGGGUCUUGCACCGCGAUAUCAGCGAUAAUAAUAUUCUCAUCAUCUUCAAAGUCAACAAGCACUGUGAAUUGGUCUCGGAAGGCAUGUUGUGUGACUGGGACUUAUGUAAGUAUAGCCACGAGUUGGGAUUGGGUGCUUACCGCUCGGGGACAUGGGUAUUCAUGUCGGCUCUGUUACUCUCGUAUCGAAAAAAUCCCCAUCUCCACGUUCUUACAUAGGAGAUUCUACGUUUCCACAGGACAGAUCUAACGCAAACAGACGUUGCUGAACAUUGGGCUGGUCAGUCAGGUGUAUUCAACGGUGCCGGAUGCCCUGGUGACUGCACCACCUUCGUGGACAAGAAUCCAAGCGCAUUCGUUAACGCUUUCUGGAAUAUUGCUGCUGUCCGCAUCUACACAUAACCAGCAAAGCCCGAUUUUUUCCGUUACUUCGUUUCCCAGAGAAUGUUCUGGUCACGUUGAUAUUAUGGAAAUACUUACUCCGUUGCCUGUCACAGCUUACGAAAACAACUGUGGAAAUAUUCUUGUUCGUCCAAUACUAUCGAGUUGGGGUAGACUGCCAUCGCUUCGUAGCUGAGGGACUUCACAUCUCAGUGAAUGCUAUUACAGCAUGCGACAUCGGAAGAUGUCUUCCGUUGCUCUGCGGCAACCUUUGUUCAAGGCGUGCUUUUGUCUGCCAACAUCAAAUCUCUCACCAUCAUUGGACCCUGCAAGUACUCACCAGGGUCGACCUGCUAUUCUGUGAUGGCUUGGAAAUUUCACUUUCGUAAACGUCGACCUGAUAAUCAUUUCCCUGCAUGCUUAUGUCUUGGUAGUAGGGACAUGUGUACUUAUCAUUGUGCCAUAGAUCGAAAGAAUUGAUGGCGACGCGUCUGGAC